CUUUUAACCUAUUAGCACAGGAAGAAAUAUUUUUAAUCAAAGAAACAUGCUUGGAGGAAAGGUUCUGUGUGGCGCUGUCUCUUUGCAUCCAUGAUAAGAAACGUGGCAGGUCAGUUAGGAUUCACCGUUAAAUUGUUUGGACUUGCACUGAACUCUACGUAAAAGUAACGAUUGAACAAUGAGGCGAAACAGUAGCUUGAUUUCCCAAGGUAGGUUCUCAUUUCUUUCAGUUCGUAACGUAUUCGCCUUGAUUUAUUCGGUAGUGCGGCACAAGGUAUCAUUUCAACUCAAGGCAUAGAUCCCGCUGGGAAGAAGUGUUGGACAUGUAACUGUUUUUUUCUUCUUUUUUAAUCUUUAUCUUUUUUCUUUCUUUUUUUUUCAUAGCUACGAGAAUAUUUUAUCAAAUAUUGCAAUGAAAACUGAAUGGAUUAUUCCGAAAUGUCUCUCGCAGAUACUUUGUUACAAAGCUGACGCGUUUCUCUUCCCCCAGUGUAAUGACUUUAGGGGCUACAGCAGUAAAUCUUUAAAAAUAUUUGUUCUCAGUGUUCUUGUUCAAACUCACGCAGUUUGGCAGAGAACGUGCUGGCCUUUGACGUCUUGCGGUAUCCUUCAGUACAGGAAAAAAAUACACGCUUGUCAUUUUGUUUACAGAUCAUGCUAGAUUAAGAGAGAUUCUGUUUUUAAGAACUGAUUUUAGUCAUUUCAAAGGCGGUCAAUUGUUUUUAUAUGUUAUCAAGAUAUUCUGACUGACUAGGGAGGGAUAGUUUUAAUAGUCUAUAUGGACGAUUUUUACACAUUUUUGAGGAACAGAAUGCAUAGGUUUAUACCAUCAAAACGGCCUGCAGAUGACCGUAUGAAAGGCCACGGAGGGGAGGAAUUUGAAGGGAUAGUGAGAUAAAGUAAGGUCGUGAUAAGAGGUGUCCAAGACCCUCGUUUUCCUUAAAUGGUCACCGAAACAUUGUUUAAAGCCCUCUUCGUUCUGCUGGCAAACUAAGCUAGGACGUAAAUACCACACGUGCACAACAUUUUAGAGAAACGGAAGCCGUUUCCAUUUUCGUCAUUUUCACUAAAGCUUUCCGCGAAAAGUCAAAGAAUGCCCCUGCAAACUAAGUAAAAUCCACGCUAAAUACGAUAAAGAUGUGAAAAAAAUCUCAAACACAACGGACUUUUUAAAAAAAUAAUUGGCUAUAUGACGUGGUCUGACACAGAAGGUUUAAAGUGUUGCCUUUCACUGCGCAAGGGGUUCAUCUAUUUGUUAUUAAUUCAUUUUUCGACUCCUGACUGUUACUCCCCGAAAUCUUUCUUGUUAGCAUUUUGCAUUACAAGUGUUGAUUGUUUUGUCUGGAUUUUCGAUCGCAUCAUUCCAAUAACAGGAAAUUGAAAAAUGUCAAAAUAAUAAUACAGUAGUGGAAAGAUAAGAGACGAUAUUAAUGCCACCAGUCGUUUGUAUUUUCAACCUUUCAAUCUUUUAGCGUCUGCUUGGUCAAAACAUUUAUGGACUGAAUUAAGUAACAAGACAAAUAUUGGAAUUAAAUCCCGUUUGCCAAACAAAGCUGUUUCUUUUUUCACGUAACAGUAUUAGUUACGGUCUUUGCUUUCCCGCACCAAAUCACUGUAUUUUAAAACUGUUUGGGAAGUAGUUUGAAGCUUUGUGGAUAACACACGGAAAAGAUCUAAUGUGUAUGGCCUCAGUCACCGGGCCGUCCAACUGGAAAAGUGAGUUGGUUGGCUUUAAUGAAGAUGACGACGUUGAUAAUAAUGAUGAUAACGAUGAUGAUGAUGAUGAUGAUGAUGAUAAUUGCAUUCGCUGUUUUUUGCUGUUGUUUCUAUUUUGUUUUUUGUCUCUUGAAUUUUCAAGUUAAAAGACAAUGGCAAAUGACAGGGCUCCUGCAAUUGAUUUGCUUAUAAUUUAUAGGGGGCCUUUAGAGUCAGCUACCACUACUUGGUAGUCAAUUGGUGAAAGUUAAGAAUUUGUUUUGCUUAGUAAAGUCUUAUUAUACAUGAUAUAAAGAAUUUUUUUUGCAGAUGCUGAUGUUUUCGAGGACACUUCAGUGAGUAGAGUCCAGGUUUAUGUCAGAAUUCGUCCUAUAGUUCAGGGUGACGUCACAAGCAUUACCCGGAAGGGGGCGGUCAGCGUUGAAGCUACUGAUCUUACUCAGGUGGGUGAACUGUGUAACGAUUCCAAAUGGGUGUUGUAAAAUCGAUAUCGGAGAAGUCUUUUACUUGUUUUAUCGUUGUUUCAAGUCAAUCGGGGGUGGCGCGCCAACCGCGAGAAGCGAGGGCUUGCGCAGUCUUCACUCGCGUGAAACGUGUGAUAUUCCACCUGCUUUGAAGAAAAAAGGAGGCUAUUACAAGUCUCAGUAGUAAAUUCAUAUAUAACAGAAGGUAUGAAGCACUACAGUUACUAUGGCAGACUUAAAUGGAGCAAUCAACCAGACGUAAAGUAAACUCGAAUCAUAAAAAAACACGAAGUCUUUAAACACAGCCCUAGAAAAUAGUGUUAUUUUACUAACUUAGCAUAGCAAUUGUAGCGUUCUUUGACUGCAGAAAAGUAAGGCUAAUACUAUACAAUAUAAGCUGCGUAGUCGCCGUCGGGUCUAAAGCAAAUAAUCCCACUGAAUACUUUCCGAGUGGUGUAGUGUAUACGUAUGACUAAUAUUUGACUACAAGCCUGUUUAAAUGAUACCUAUGAUACCAGCCCAAAAGAUAAGCAAAUUUUGUCGGUAAUCUAACUCCUGACCAUCUAGCUAUACACAAAAAGUUGGUGGUUAAUUAAUAUGUUCACUCAUCGCCAACGAGAUUUCCACAGUCUAGUAAUCGUCGAACAUUUCUCAUUUCCCGGCUUUAUCCGUCAAAGCUCCUUAAUUAUUUCCCGUUCUCGUUUUUUGUAAAUAAGAAUUUAUUAUUUUAAGGUUCGUGUUGCGGAUGGCAAGAAAGAGAAGAUUUUUCAGUUUGAUCAAGUUUUGCCACCGGAGGCCUCAAAUGCAGAGGUAAGAGGACAAUCUAAUCAUUUUUGUCUUUUUUUUUUUCUAUACGAAAAAAGUUAAUUAUCUGAAGCUAUUAUUCAACCAUAUGGACAGGCAUUUAUUUAGCGUUUUAGAAAUGAAUCUCGUUUGCGUUAACCGUUGGAAACAGUAUUUUGGUUAUGUCUUGAACAAAGAAAAAUUUAUGUUUAUGGUAUAAUAUUAGAAGUCAUACCGAAUUUGUGGGAACGUGCUUAGUAACAGGUAAUACCUUUGCAGCCUCAGUGUUGCUGGACUGAGGAUCUGAGUGAGGGAGUGCUUUUUCAAGUUGACAGGCGUAGGGAGCGGCAAAGAAGUCCGCUCAGCCUGAUUGGGCGCCCAUACCGAGGCCGAAUGAAGCAUGCAGUCGCGCUCGAGAAAACUCGCUAGUUACGCGGGCUAUAUAUAUUUUAUUAAAAUCAACUUCAAACGUCCGUAGUAACCGACAUAGCACUCUGGUAGGGGCCAAUUGAGGUCACAUGACAUGUAACAAAAUACAUUUGUUAAAAGAUUCUCGGCCACAAAACUACAGACUCUUUCCUCGGGAACGGAAUGAACGGUAUUCUUGUGUUAUCAUAUAUCUUCUUGUGUUGUUAGGUGUACCAAGUGGUUGGUAAACCACUGGUUGAGGCCUCUAUGACAGGCCUCAACAGCAUCUUGAUGGCUUACGGACAGACUGGGGCAGGUAGGAUUCAUUCAGCCGUAUUGUCCUUUAUCGUUCUUGAAACAGAAAUUGUAUAUUAAAAUGAUCAAGGUUUCGCUUUGUAUAUUUAGAAAACAGAAUUACUCGCUUUGAAAACAGAAUUACUUGCUUGAUCCUCCUUCUAAGGAUAUGAAGUAUUUCUUUGACUGGAUUAGCUAAAAAAUGAUUGUCUUCGAUUUCCUGGUACAAGUCAAAUCAACUUGGCUUAAAAAUAGUCUCAUUCUUUUACAUCUAAAAUUACAGGUAAAACUCACACUCUGAUGGCAUCUGCAGACGGGUUGACGACUAGUGUGGUGUCCCAUAUCUUUGCGCUCAUCGGCAAGGACGCCGCUCAUUCAUAUGCGGUAAGUAUAAACUGCGUCUGUUUUUAAACCUACUUGGAGGUAUAGAAAAAGAUCACGUCGUUCUAAAACAGCCGUUUUAUUCGUUGUAUGCUAAAAAGAGGGGAUAAAGCCUUAGCCGUGUAUUUGAUUCGGCUGAGCCUUGGGAAACUUGCUUAAAACGCAGUGGCAUCCAAAAUUCCGUCUGCCAAGACGUGGAAGCUAUUCCGAAGAGAAUCUGUAAUUAAGCUAUGUUUUCUGCGUGGAAAUCAGUUUUAGUCCCCUACAGAGUAUAUAAUAAGGAACUUGGUUAAGUAAAACAAAGAAAAAAAAAACGCACGAUCAAUUCAAAAGAUUACAAUCCGCCCUCUAAUCUCCCCAAUAGGUUCUUCGUCCAGUGUGGGACUCCUUAAUUGUUAGGAUCUUCAAUUCCGUUUCCGUUCCUUCGAGUGUAUGUCAGCUAGUGUAAACCCCAGGUACAUUGUGCUUAUGCUGGUGUAUGUGACUACAAUCUUCAUUCUUGCAGGUGACUUGCUCAUACUUACAGAUUUACCAGGAACGUGUUUACGAUCUCCUGGCAUCUGAAAAAUCAGGAACAGAAGUGUUCUUAAGAGAACAUCCAAAGAAAGGUGGAUGAGAUUAUGAAUUGGAAUAACUUGUUCUCUUUUAGCGCACCAACAGGCUCCCUUCUCUCUUCUGAUUCCCCCACUUGGCGGUAACUGGGGCGAAUUGGCAAAGCGAAAUCUAGCCCAAAAUCCGACACGAGAGCCUGGUUGCAAGCUAAUCCUUAGGCUGUAAGUGUCUUUUUCGGACCUCCCCCUCUAAGUGUAGUUUUCUCGUUUAGUGAAUGCCACCCAAUCCCCCCCCCCCCCCCCCCCCCCCCCCCCCCCUGAACUGGGGGGACAUGGGCAAACGGAAAUUCGCCCCAAAACCCCGACCGGGACCUGGUUUCCACUUUAUUCUUUGGGUUUUAUGUUCUUUUUCGGCCCCCCCCCCCUACGUUUUGUUUUUUCCUUUUGUGGAUGCCCCCCCAACCCCCCCCCCCCCCUCCCCCUCGCCUCUGUUGAUUAGUUAACGAAAAUAGGGCAAUUGAUUUGUUGUGAUUUGCAUUGUUACGCUUUGAUAGUUUCCCGCUUCUUUUCGUCCAGGAAUGUAAUUUAUUGCUGCCUCCUGUUCGAAAGCAUUUUCCCGCCAUUUUAAGUUCCCACUUGUUAUUAUUUAGUAGGAUAUCCGUUCAGUCAUUUUCGCUGGUAAUUUAUCAGAGUAUUAGUUUGGAUUUGAGUAUUUCCAAUUAACUCUCAUAAUAGAACAACUCACUCUUAGAGCUUCCUAAUUUAUUUUGGCACAAGGUAAUACAUAGAAUCUGUUUACGCUCCUUUAAUAAAACGGCUUUUCAGUUUUACAUUGAUUAAAAGGAGGCACGCUAUCUUCUGGUCAACCGCCAGAUUUUGUUUUCGUUUUGUUUUGUUAUUUUUGUUAUUAUUAUUAUUUUUUUUUGUGAAAGAUAAACAACGGUUUUCACAGUAUAAAAUCAAGGGUCGACCCGUUGUAGGAAAUAAUGUAUCAAGAAUCGAAGUGUGGCAACAUAAACGCAUUAUUCCAUUUUAGCGCUCGAACUGCUGUUUCCUAUAUAUUUGCCACCCUCCCUUAGCUCCCACCUUAAGGGUUUUUGGGUUUUACUUUAAUAAAGCCCAAUUAUUACCCCUCAACCACCAUAAGGUGAUUUUUGGUUUUUCUCUAUUAGGUGUUUACGUGGAAAACCUAUCAGAAUAUUCUGUAAAGAGUCCAGAGGAGAUUGUAAGGUUGCUGAAGUCUGGCAAAAGGAGACUGGCCGUGGCUGAAACGAAAAUGAACAGGCAGUCUAGCAGGUUGGUGUGAAAAAUAAAGAAAAAACGGUGUCUCAGUAAUUGGAUGAUAACAUUCGACCAUUAAAAAUUUUUUCACCACUCCUAGAAUAAAAAGCUUACAUACACUGCUCGUGGGUGUUUCUUUCUUUCUUUUUUUUCCAGCUUCAGCACUUGAAUAACGGAUAUAAGAACUCAUCUAGUAGUGGUAAAAGCUUUUGAUAGUUCUCAGAUAGUUUAAAAAGUGCACUCGUAGUUUUCCUAGUUUUAUUGAUCGGAGAUUAUUCUCUUACGGCUUCCAACAAGUGAAUAUAAGCCAUAUUUGCCGGCACAAUUCACUGUUAUUGGGUUUUAAUCUUGUAGUAGUGACUCUUGUAACGAAUAAGAAAAUGCAAAGAACAAAAGAGCGCUCGGGGGGGAGGGGUGUUGCUUGGUGCUCUGGCGUGCUAUUGGUAAGCUAACUGGACGGGAUUUUUCCUUAUUUCAGAUCCCAUGCCGUGUGCUUACUCAAGAUUGAGAGACUCAGUGUCCCUCGCCGCUAUGGAGGUCUGUGAGAUAUUUUGUAAUUCUGUUCUUUUCUUUUCUAAAGUUUUGUUCGUAUCGGGGCUUGUUUGUUUUGAAAGAUUGGGUGUUCGGUCUCCACAUGCGCUGUUUCAUAAGACGCUUUUUUUUUCUCCAGGCAUAACAGAUUCUUUGAGUAGUUAUGAGUCUUACUACAUGUCAGGCAAUUCAGACGCUGACGCUUCAAGCGAUAGUGGCUCCCUGGACGCACUCAGUUCUUACCACUAUGAUGUAAGUUAAAUUAUUAAUAGAUCGUUUUUGUGACUCAAAGAAGAGGGACCGCAGUGCAUACAACAAGGCUCUUUUAGCACGCAAUUUUGGAACAAAAAAAGGUCAUUUCUGAGUUUUCAAAACCCUCUCUGGCAAGAGUUAUAAGGCCAAUGUAGAGCCUGUCAGAGUUACUUGCAUAACAACUGAACGUUGCUUCCACUCAGAGACUUCGCACAAGGGGCUUGGAGCAACUCGAAAACGGUUUUGCCUGUUCACGGACUGCAGAAUAUUUUAUGGAAAGAAGAGAAGGCCCGUUACUGAAAGGCUAACCUUUGUAAUGAUAUGUCGAGGGGAAUUUAACGAAAAAAUGCAUUUUUAAUAGUAAGAAUGCUUUAAAACUCGAGUAACCGUAACCCAGCUGUCGAAAACGAGGCAAAUCAAAAAUCUUAUUUCACAAGUAAAUCUUGAAAAGUUCCUCUUUUUCUUUUCUUUCCUUUAUUUUCUAACCUUUAUAUUUAUUUUAUUUUUAUUUCUAUUUUUUAUAUUAUCUUUAGGAAGAUGAAGAAUUAUUGCGGAGAAUUACAUCUAAGACUCGUGGUCUGGCGGCCGUCAGGGGGAAGCUUUAUGUGUACGUGCUUUUUACAGUUAUAUGACUUAUAUACAUCGAUGCUUAAUCUUGUCUUGGAUCUGAAAGCCAUAUAUGGAGUCCUAGUGUUGCGCCUCUAUAUUGAUGAGCAAGCCCCAUCAUCAAUUAAUCAACACCAAUUCAUUAAUUAAUGCCAACAGCUUCCGAUGUAUUCACUAUUCACUGAUACUUAUCGCGUUUCAACUUAUCAAUAUUGCCUUCACUUUUAUUCCAAGAAUUUUAAAGAUCUUUAAAAGGUAGCACUUCCUUACGUUACUAAUAUACCAGUCGAGGAAGUUGGGAAAGAGAAAGUUUCCAAGAUCCCGGAAUCAUCGCCUCUUAGUCAGAGCAUGUUGUCUUGCUGCUUUCAAACAAUAACAGAUAAGAUUGCUAUGAUAACAUUUCAGCAUAAAAAGGAAAAAGCAUUCUGCUUGAAAAAUGAAUCGGUUUUUCCAGGAUUUAUAAAACAAUUGGGAAGAGGGGAGGUGCGGAGAGAAUCUGUACCUCGUGAGAGAACGGGUGGGAGAAUGGGGAGAGAACUGGGACUGACAGUGAUGGCAGCUCCACCCCUCCCUUUUGCUUUUUCCCGCGUUCUCAGACUCCUCAGGGUCAGUGUGACCGUUAAAAAAAAGGGAGUUGCCUGCGGAAGAGGUUACUUCUCUAGCUACAGUCUCAGACAAAAAUAGUUGGGGCAAAGACCAAACGCUUUUUUUUUCCUUUUCGUGCUCCCCUUGACCUUCUCGAAGUUGUUUAUCGCGGUUCAGUCACCAAACCUUGUACACCAACAAUGAGGGGACAAAGAGACACAAAAGUAUCUCGUUGACUGAGACUGUAGUUUACAGGCAGCUCCCCCUUACAUAAGCACAAACAAAAAGGCCCAAAUAAAACAAAACGUGGGUAAAAUAGAGGGGGACUCGAACAUGGGACAACGCAUUGCGAGUCCGUGAGGCGAUGACCACACGGCCAUGCUGGGCCCGUUUUAUUUGCCCUUUUACACCCAUUAAUUAUCAGCUGAAACCUCUCCGCUCAUCCGGUAGAUCAGAGUACUGUCAUAUAUUAUUAUUAUUGAUAAUAUACCUAUUGUUCGGUUUUAAGUUGCACAAAAUAAAUUUUAGGAUUAUCCUAGCCACAAAUUUGCAAAAAAAAAAACAAACAUUUCAGAUAACUCUAAAACACCUAGGCCUUAGAAACCAAUGAUUGAGAUUGAAAUCUCUCCAAUAGUACAUUUCGAAUGUUUCUAACCAGUUAGGAAACUGACACUUCGAAUUUUCCUUGAACUUAAGGCUUUAGCCGCAUGUGAAGGUUGAAAUAUAUUUGACAAUUAUCCAAAUAAAGACCGUUAUAUAAGGCGUUUUAAGAUUGAAAUUUGAGAGAAAAUGAGAUUUUAACCCCAUGGUCCAUGACUAGGAUCUAUAAACCCUGCUUUUCCUUUUUUCUCCUUUAUGGUACUGCACAUAAUUUCAUCUUUAGACAAAAUAUCAACACAUGUUUUGGUGCCAAAACUGUGAGUGAUAUUUACAUUCAUAUUUUAUCUCACUGAUCAAAAGUUUUUUAUACUCGUAAUGGUUGAGCCUCACCCAGUUCCUCACCCAAAAAUGUGUCAGUGUAUCAGACAAAAUACUACUAAAUCAACAACAGGAAGUUCCUUUAACGUCAGAAUGUUGGUUGAUAUUACUAUUUUGUUGCAUUUCACUAAUAUCCAUCCGAUCCCUCAGCUGAAUUGAAGGCGUUGAUUUCAUCAUCAACGAUCGAGAAAUAUCUCAACUAUAAAUAUUCCGAGACAUUGAGACUCGCGAUAACUGGAUUAUACACGUUCGUAUCAACUUGAUAGGAAGAUUACAGCCUUAAAAUCUCGUCAGCUGAUUGCUACUAUCGCCUGUUUGUAGCUGUGAUCUGGCGGGAAGUGAAAGAGUGAAGAAAACAAAGGCAGCAGGAGAACGACUUCAAGAGGCUCAGAGCAUCAAUUCAUCUCUUCUGGAGCUGGGGUUAGUAAGUGAAAAACUAUAGGCACUUUUUUAUGACUAACCCUAAUUUUUAGAGUUUGGAAACUAUAAUGUAAUUAAUUGUAUUAACUUUUUGUGUUUUUUGAAAUUGUGUUGACAGAAUUAGCUUCUAGCACAUUGUUAGCACAACUAGCUCAUAAUAGAAAUUUAAUUCUACAGCAAAGUAGCAAAAUUCAUUAAUUUCGCCAGAAGCCUUAAUAGAACUAGGCAGAUGCUGGUAGUAAUGGCCAAACUGAGGUGUUUCGCAGGGAAAUUGCAUCGUAUUUUAUUUUAAAAGAAAUACUUCCAAAACAAACCGCAGCAAACGGCUUAGAAAAAAAAAAUCAGUAAUACCCGCCGCGAAGAACUUUCACUUUUGAUUGCCAGUCAUACUGCGUCUUUAAGUGGCAUACUUAGAUCUAUGAGGUCUUCAGAUAGUGUGGGAGUAGUUUACAGAACUGAAAUUAAGGGUAUGAUGAAAACUGACUUAAUAUGGUCAACUUUAUGCAACAGCAAUAUGCUCUUAUAAACCGCUCAGUAACACAUCUAAACAGAUUUUUCAUGCAGUUUGUAUUUGAUGCCGCGCGUUCAUUAAACUAAGUAUUGCAACUGCGGCCGAGAGGACUGGGAGCAACUAUCUGUGGCUCAUGGCUGUGACCAAUAUUUAAUUUCUCCUUGCUCAAUCAACCAGAUAGCUCGUUAUAGUACAGAAAGAGAUCUUGUAAAUCAGUUAAAAUGUAUUGUAAAGGCUCCUCACCCGUAUUAUUCAACGGGGUAUGACGAGCAGAGUGGAGAAUUUAUUCCUCGAUAUUAGGGUUAAAGGAUUCAGCAAUUCAGCCGCUAAUUUAAACGACAGGAGUCAAUGGCUUUAGUGCUCGCGUCACAGCACAUAAUUGACAAACAUCAGGAGCCGCAUUAUAUAUAUUGGAAAUGCGUAAAAAGCUGUGAAGAGUUGUCUGAAUACGCACACUAUUGCCUAACUUAAACCCAUAUUCCCAUGGAAUUUUCCCAGCCGGAACCUUAUUAAGAAAUGUUAUGUCUAGGAUUUAUAUCUGCUUAAACUAAGUAAAAACUACAAAUUAUCUUGUUUACUUACAUGUCUGAUCAAGCAAGCAAGCGUGUGACCCAUAUCGCGUAUUUAGUCAAAUGAAUACGUCCGAACAAUUUCCACACUCUUCAACUGACCACUUGGAGUCGACUUAAGAAACCUAAAUGUUCGUCUUCACGCGAUUUACACUAUCUUUUGCGGUAAAUGAAUUUGACUCAACCUAGUGCCAAAAGCGCCAUAGAAUUUGAGUGUCAGUGAGUCAUUUUUCUAGAACCAGAGAUUAUCUCUUGUCUAAAAUCAAUACAAAAGCGUCGGCUGUUGCUACGCGGGGAACUCGGUACAGUGGAACCUAUAUAACGAACUAUUCUUUACCCCAGUAAUAGUACUAAAAAAGAACCUCCACAUAACAAAACCGCCAUAUAAUAGAGCAAACAAUUUUUUCCAGUCCCUUGGCCCUUCGUUGUGUGGAGGUUCCCCUGUAUGACGGUGGGAGAAGAGAAAGAAAGCUACUGACAAUGAUAUCGAUGAGCGGAGCGGGGUAAAACACUCCCGAUUAUUGCAAAGGCCAGCUACUGCCAGGAGCCUAAAGGAGCACAGAGUGGCCCAAGGUUUGGGCUCGUCCCUGAUGCUAACUGGUCGCUUUUUGUUUUUUUUUUGUUCAAUGGGUGGUUCAGUUGCUCGUUAAAGUACUAUCAGAAUUCUAAUGUCUAAUUCCCCAUACAAAAUGCAACUCCAGCCGUUUCAAUGCAUUUUUAACAUACCGCACAGGUAGGUAAAAGGUUAGGUGGGGCCUGGGGGGAGGGUUGUAGCCGGCAUGCGUUCGACAGCAUUUUGCUAAUGGAUCCUGCAGUGUUUAGAGUGAUACACAAAGGAAGGCGGACGCUUUUGUCGGUCACAGUGUUCGAACCAUGAUGGAGAAUCUUAAUUAUAAUAUUGAUCUAUUGGAAAAAGCAAAAAAUCCAAAACAUGUUUUAUUACCAUGAAUUAUCAUUCCUUGUUUAGCAGAAUUCCAACAGACGUUAUAGCAAAAACAAGUUACAAAUAUUUUGCUUAGUGUCUGAGCCAUUGGAGAUGACAGAUUUAAUCUUUUUAGGAAUGUGAUUCAGGCUCUCGCAGAAGGAACCAGACGUCAUAUUCCAUACAGAAAUUCAGUGUUGACAAGGUUACUGCAGGACGGACUGGAUGGAAACUCCAAAACCAGCUUAAUUGUAAGUAAAAAGUAUUAUUUUGCAAAUAGUGACCCUUCACUGAACUAGUUAUAGAAUGUUCUGGUUCGACUUCGGGGUUUGGUGUAGAAAAGAUUUUACUAAAAAGAAACAAAUAUUCUUGAUAAUCAACCUUUGUGGAGACGAACUUUCAAUUUGUUUUUAAAAUCGUUGAGAAGGUAUUAAAGUCCUAAUCAUUUAAAAGGAAGCGUGAAAACCUUUGUUGUAACCCAGUGGCCGUUAAGCUGCCCCCAUUCUGUCGGGGAUUUUUUCAAAUACAUUUGUUUAAAUUGCAUUAAAUUUUUCAUGGCCAUUGCUGAUGUAGGCUCUGCUAAUGCAGCCGCCUAUCAUGGAUCGUGGCGAUGAGCGAUGAACGAUGAUAGACGGCGGUGUAUCUUAUGCAGGCUAAAGCAGUAUGGAAUAGAGCCAGGAGCCUCCUGAUAGGGCUUCGUGCUCUUACGUCGAUCGGUACGCCCACGGUCUGCAAUGAGUCUCCAUUAUCAACCCAGUAAUCUGAAAAGCUUUUUCCUGUCAGUUAAUACUUCUUUGAUCCUCCGUUGUUUAGGUUUGUGUUUCUCCGUCUUUUCGCGAUGUCAACGAGACCCUGUGUAGUUUAAAGUUUGGUUUGCGAGCAAUGAAAAUUCAUAACGUUGCCCAAGUUAAUGUGAACGAGGUAAGUAGGAUAUUUAAGAAAAGAAAAUGA